CAAUGAUAGAAUUAGCCAUAGGCGUGGCAGUAGCGGGGUUUCAGUUUCUCUACAGGAUAUUUCAUUCAAAACACUGGGUUCUUCUACCCAAUGCUAUCUGCCGGAAUCAUGUUGGCAAUGAGCCUGGUUGUCGUCAUUUUCAUUCCGGAAAGUUUCCCACCGGCCAGAGAGAUAAUUCGGAAUCGGUCGUCACCAAAAUGAAAACGGCGUACGACCUUUAUCUUGGGUCAUUUAACAGAGGACGUCGAUGGAAAUAUAACACACUACUCUCGGUUUUCACCUUUACAAUGUUCUCGGCGCUUGGGCGUGGGAGUGUAGAGCCGCUGUUUCAGUUGGGGGAACCGUUUUGUUGGAGUUCUGAAAAGCUUGGCCAGUUCACGGCCGCGAGGAGUUUAAUGCAGCAGAUUUGUGGGAUGGGUCUGAUUAAGGUGUUUCAGAAGUUUAUGACGGACGAGUCGAUUGCAAUCAUGGGUUGUAUAUCAUUCACGAUCGGUUACGUUAUCGAAGGUCUGGCAUCUUCUGAUGCUCUGAUAUAUACAGUUCCUUUCGUGUCGGCUUGUGGCUUACUGACAGUACCAAUGUGCCGAGCGCUUCUCUCCAAACUUACAAGAUCCGAUCAGCAAGGAGCAGUCUUCGCCGUCAUUGCUACCAUGGAGACGCUGGUGAACCUAUGUGGAUCCCUUCUCUCCAUAGAAAUAUACGUCGAAACCCUCAAUCUGUACAGCGGACUUUACAAGAAGUAUUCCAACAAAACAACCCCCCUUGUCAAACGUUAAAGUGAGACCAUAAUCGAUGUUUACUUCGGUCUUCUAAGAUCACAAAGAAAACCAUGUCUGCUUAACCGACUUCCGAGUUUAGGCUGAUAUUGAACAUUCAAGGAACACUAAGGCGUGGACUGUGCUGGAUUUAUGCGUUUGUAUAUAUUUGUCGUAAUCGAUCCGCAUUUGGAUUGUGUAAAUAUAAACCUGGUGUUAGUGUCUAUUGUGAUGAUAUAUAUAUAUAUAUAUAUUUAUUUUUUUCCAGAGAAGUUGAUAUUUCGUUAUAUUUUGAUUAUUUUUCAUACAAAAUGAAGUAUUUUUUUUACUAAUUAUUAUCAUAGUCAUACGCUAACCACCUGUGAUGUAAAUUAAAAAAGUCGUAUACCAUAUUCACGUUUAUAUUGGUUUCGUGUUUUAGAUUUAUUUGUGUAAUAUUUAUAGUUAAUUUCCUCUUACGUAAGUAUUAAAAAAUAUAUUUAAUUAUAGGGCCAAGAUGAAGUAUUAUUCCAGCAAAAAUUGAACAAGGAUACGAAAUGAUGUUUUGUAGCACCAUUUAUACCUCUGGGUCAUUGCUUCAAGGGUAAACAUGUGAUUUUUUUAUUGAAAUAAACGUCUUAAAGGGACCGUCAACCAGAUUGACGAAAAAAGAAAAGUUCUUAAAUACCGUAUUUGUUUUACAAUUAUUAGUUUAUAUUGAGUAAAAUAUCACGACUGGUAUAUUACAUUACUUGAAAAAAAGUUUAUAUUUUCAGUAUAUUCGGUAAUAAAAUUUCGCGAUGUGAAAUCGAAAGUACAUCGCGAAAAUAGGUGAUAUAACGAUAUACACACUAUAAAUAACGCAAGUAGAUUGAUCAUUUUUUAUAUAAAAUAAAUAUAAACAAUUCACUUCGCAUGCACAAUUUGCAUUCCUGGGUUUACCACGUGACGAUGAUGAUCAAUCUACUUGCGUUAUUUAUAGUUAACUGGCAGUUACCUGGUACAAAUACCCAGUAAAAUUACCGAAUAUACUAAAAAUAUGAAAACUUACUAACUUUUUUCAAGUAAUGUAAUAUACCAGUCGUUAUAUUUUAAUUAAUAUAAACUAAUAAAUGUAAAAAAAUACGUUCUUUUAGAAUUUUUCUUAUUUUCGUCAAUCUGGUUGACGGUCCCUUUAAUAAACGAUGUGACAAAUGUGAUAUGUUCAGUUUGGACCCUAGUUGCAUUAUUAAAACACACUUGUAGAGAUCCACCAUACGAUAUAACAUAAUUGAUAUUGCAUGUAUGGACGAUUUGGUUUCAGAUAGAAAAAAUUGGUAUUUUGCAAUAAAACGUUUAAAUAAAAGUU